UUGGCUACAUCGGAUUGUGACGUUGGCUGCGGUUCAACUUAAAUGGAAACGGAGUAUACAUAGACAACAAAGGAGCCCCUGGGUCCAAGAAUACCACACGCGUCUUCGUUUCGCUCGUCUAGGCAACGGGGUAAACACGGCAAAGUUUCCCCUUUUUCGGAAGCUCGCCCAAUGAACACUGUUGUUCACCUUCUGCGGUGUGUCAUCUUCUGUGUAGCGCGAGGAGGGCAGAGACCCUAAUCUUUUCGGCCGCAAUCUCUUCCAGAGUAAGAAGAUAGGGGCCUCCCCUAGCGUACUGCACCUUCCAUUAGCUGACGGUUGCAAUGUCUGCAAAACGGCCCCCCACAGUCCCGCCAACCGUCUGGUCAGCUUUUUUUCCCCCACCAAAGUCAAGGUCCCCGAUAGGCCGGCCUCACGUCGCAUAUCCCGAUUACACAGAGAGGGGCACAACCACGAUUGCCGCCUCGCUUGUCAGACGAGGCAGCAAUCAUCUUACACAGAACACGCUGGCACCGAGCCCGCGAAUCGUCGAGGGACGCCCUCAAGGGCGGUGCCCGAACGGGUGCCGUCGCAACUCAAAUCAUCAAGGUGGCCCCAACAUGCACCAUGGCCGGCGGGCGGCCGGGGUCUGGCAGGGCCGUUGGACUUUCUUCGUCACCCUGGCGCUUCUGGUCCCGGUGGGGACGUCGCUGCCCUGCGACCCUGUGCCGACCAUUCCCGGCCACAGGUGCGAGUGCGACUCGCGGUUCGGCCACGACGACGUCGGCGGCUGGCACCUGUCUUGCUACGACGCCGUGGACAAGAUGGGCCCGCAGCAGGCGUUUGUCAUAGAGUACGCCAUCAAUGACAUCGUCCGGGUGCAGUGCGACUCCGGGGCCCCGUACUUUCCUGGACUCUUCAAGAACUUAAGCAUCGGUGAAGUGGAACGGUUCGCGUUUCACUACUGCCCGAUGCCGAACGGUUCCUUCGCGGACGUCUUAGACGGUCUUAAGGUGACGUCGCUGCGACUCGUCGGCUGCCAAGUGGGGGACAAGCUAGACGGCGAGAUCUUCCGAGGACUGGACACACUGAAGAGGCUCACAGUGAGCGGCAGCAAAGAGCUGCGGCAGAUUCCGGAAGAUACGUUCGUGAACCUGACGACCAUCGUCAACUUGGAGCUCAACAGCAAUGGACUUGAAGAUCUUCCAGAAAAGCUGUUUUGGCCACUGAAGAAUGCCACUAGCAUCCAGCUGGGCAGCAACGCAUUAAGCAGCCUUCAUCCUAGUCAAUUUCAAGGGCUUGACAAGCUUGUAAGCAUUUAUCUGUACAAAAACAACUUGACGGCACUGCCGGAAGGUGUCUUUGCCAAUAUGACGUCACUGAAGAAUCUUGACCUUCUGGCAAACCGCUUGAGGAAUAUCACUGCUGACGACCUGUCAGGCUUGACCAAUCUGGAGAACCUAAAGCUUGGUGGGAACCCUUUCCUUUCCCUGCCUGACGUCCUUUUCAAAAACAACCGUCAGUUGGGGGAGUUGAAUCUCAGCAUGCUCAACAAGCUUGGGUCUCCCCCAGAGCGGCUGCUGACAGGCCUCAACAGACUGGAGAAUCUCACACUUGCCGACUGCAACUUCACCAGCAUCCCGGAGAAGUUCUUUGCCUAUGCAACCAAUCUAAAGACAGUGCGACUGACGAACAACAGACUGACAUCACUUCCUGCUAACAUCUUCAGAGAGAACACCAAGCUGUUGACCCUGGAUUUCAGCUACAAUGACUUGACCGAAUUCCCGCUCACGGUAUUUGAAAAACAGUUUGUGCUUGAGACACUCAUCUUCUACAAGAACAAUUUUGUCAACCUCAAGGCAGGUGUCUUUGACAAUCUCAUCAGUUUAAAAGUAAUCAGUUUUGAGCACAAUUUCAUUGAAAACAUAGAGCAGGAUACAUUCCAGAGACUACAGAAGCUGGAAGACCUAAAACUUGCCAACAACAAGCUCACAGCCCUCCAAGGCUCUUCUCCGUUUGGCCUGAACAAACGGCUAAAGCGUGUUGACCUGUCAAGGAACAACCUUUUAGCAUUCCCCGACAUCAACUGGGACAUUUACCUGGCUUUGGAGAAGCUCAACCUAGACCACAACAACAUCAGCUACUUCAGGGUCCCGAACCUGAUCUCUGAUAACACGGAGGUGUCCCUUCGCUCCAACAAGAUAAAAGCGGUGCAGGUGACCGAAUUAGAAAUACUCAAGAAGUUUGAAACCAAAGAAAAAGCCUACACCGACACAAGCUCCGAGCACUACUACCACCUUGAAAACAAUCCGUUCGACUGCAACUGUCAUAUCUACGACUUCAUCAGGUACCUGUCGGAUAGCAACCAAAAGGAAAUUGCCCUGUUUAAAAACGCAGCAUCUUACAAGUGCCACGACCCGAGCAGUCUCAGUGGAAAGAGCCUCCUCACGGUAGAGCCAGGACAGCUCAUCUGCUCCAUCAAAGAGAACUGUCCAAAAGGCUGCUCCUGCUUCUUCCGGAGGAAAGACCUCACAACGCACCUGGACUGCAGGGGGACAAACCUCACCGACCUGCCAUCCACCUCCCCUUCUAACACCAACAUUCUUUACCUCCAGAGCAACUCAAUCUCUUCCCUUGUCAACCUUAGUGCACCCAGGUGGGAAAAUCUUACAGAGGUCUAUCUCGACGAGAACCUCCUCAGUAAUCUGGACCUCACGACAAUGCCCCGAAGGCUGCAGAUCUUGUCCCUCACCAACAACCGUUUGCGCUCCUUGACCCCACAACUCAUGGGUAUGCUCUCGAACAGCUCCAGCACGCUCAGCUUGUCGCUGAGUGGCAACCCAUGGAUCUGCGACUGCUCGACUUUCUCGUUCAAGACCUGGCUCCGUGGGCAUGUCUACAUGGUCAAGGACUACCCGGACAUCGCCUGUGGGGACGGAGUGCGCUUCAAUGACACUCACUUCCUCUACUUCAUCAACGAGAUCCCAGACUCUGCGUACUGCCCCGUGGACGACUCCGCGCAAAGGAAGCAGCUUGCUGCCGUGACUGCAAUCUGUGUUGUGCUUGCCGUGCUCCUUGUGGUUGUGUCUGUGCUGUACUACCGGAACCGGCAGACUAUCAUUGCAUACGUGUACAUCCACUUCCACAAUGUGUUCGUCUGCGUCUUCAGCGAGGAAGACCUAGACGAGGACAAGACAUACGACGCAUUUGUGUCUUACAGCAGUGCCGACCGCGACAUCGCCAUGGGUCUUCUUAACAGCCUCGAAAGCAACGAGGAAAUGUUCAAGUUGUGCAUCCACGAACGCGACUGGCUUCCGGGCUACAACAUCAGCUGGAACAUCGUCAACUCGGUGCAAAACAGUCGGAGGACAAUCCUCGUGGUGUCCAAGGACUUCCUCGAGAGCGUCUGGUUCCAGGUCGAAUUCCACACGGCUUAUUACCAGAUGCUCGAGGAUCGAGUCGAUCGGCUCAUUGUGAUCGUCCGCGGUGAGCUUCCGGCCAAAGAGACACUCGACAAGGAGCUCAAGUUUCUGCUAACGACCAAGACAUACCUGGUCUGGGGAGAACGCUGGUUCUGGGAGAAGCUCAAGUAUGCCAUGCCGCACCGGCGCCAGAAGACACCAAGUAACAAACUGGCCAUGAGAAACAGGCCAAACUCUGCCAUGGUGAAGACUGUCGAGGAGCAGAUUGCGAGCUUGGCCAACGGCCCCAAGGCGCAGAAAGAGCGUGAGAAACGCGACGAGCCGGUGGAGUCCGCCGUCAGGAUCGAGAACAACAACCAGGAGCAGGAAGACAUAACCAUCGAGGUGGCACCACCACGAAAAUCGAAGAGGGGCGUUGGAACCCUCGAACCCAAAGUGCAGCUAGCGGGCGAAACGUGAACUUUGAUGUCCCUAAACUUCCGAUUUGAAAUCACCGACACUCUGCUAAACCCCCAAAGCGUCAGACGCCAUCAGCAUUGGAGUGACGAGAGGGUUAACCCACAGAUGACUUCAGUAACUACAAACAAAACCGCCAAUUUUCCCUCUUUUGUGUGCUCGAGACUGCAACAUCCAUCAAACAACAUUUUUCAUGUAAACUAAAGGAGCAUGCGUCAGUGAAGGAAGCAUGGACCUUCGUUUUUUACACGACAUCAACUUCAGUGGUGAAAAAAAAAAACAGCAAGCUGAGCUGCGCUUAAACACUGCCCUUGUGUUUCAAAGCUCAGUAUUAACGAGUGUCACAAAGAUGUGCGUCGGUGCUUGUAUCAGUAAGGUAAUACAAGGAAACGCCAGACUGUGUGUAAAACAGUGUACAUAAAUACGUUCAUCAACUCACAAACUCCAACCCAACAUUGUGGGGUUCUGGAAUUUACUUUGUUACACGGUGACCUUUUUUUUUUUCAUCACGUGAAAGGUUUUUAUGUUUCUAAAUGAUACUAAACCGUGACAUGAAGUAAACCCAUUACAAAACCA